AUGGUAGUUGGAUUUUCUCAGGAGCAAUUUUGUUUUCCUGAGUCUAAUGCCUCUUGUGUCCUGACACAGUUCAGUGUGGGGACCAAAUUCAUCCUCUAUUUAUUGUUUUCUUUAGGCAUGCUGAUUACAAUUUUAGGAAACACAGUUGUCAUUGUGUCAAUUAGCCAUUUCAAGCAGCUGCAUAAUUCUACCAAUGUACUUAUUUUAUCUCUUGCUCUGGUUGAUCUACUAGUUGGUGUUAUUGUGAUGCCUUUCAGUGCCAUCAGAACUGUUCAUGGCUGCUGGUUUUAUGGGGAAGUCUUCUGUCAGUUGCACUCCAGCUUUGAUAUGUUUCUUACUAGUGUCUCUAUUUUCCAUCUAAUUUGCAUUGCUAUAGACAGACAUGAAGCUAUAUGCGAUCCUCUGCAUUAUUCCAUGAAGAUCACAAUGCCAGUGGCCUGGAUUAUGGUAUGUUGCAGCUGGGCACUGGCUGCUGUCUACUCUUUUGGACUACUUUACUCAAAGGCAAAUGUUGCUGGGUUGGAGGAUUACAUAGAAUCAAUUUACUGCCUUGGCAGCUGUAACCUUCUCUUUAACCACCUUUGGGGAAUCCUGGACAGCAUUAUUGCCUUUUUCUUUCCUUGUAUUGUAAUGGUUUGCCUGUACACUAAAAUAUUCAUUGUUGCUAGAGAUCACGUUCGAAAGAUUGGAGAUAUGAAAAGUUCUUCAAAUGAGAGAGGGAAAAUUGGCUUUAUUAAACAAUCCGAGCACAAGGCUGCAAAGACUCUAGGAAUCGUGCUUGGUUCUUUCAUCUUCUGCUGGAUGCCUUUUUUUCUAAAUUCAAUAGCAGAUGCAUAUACUGGCUUUAGCACACCAGUUGCUGUCUUUGAAGCAUUUGUUUGGUUGGGCUACUUUAAUUCAACCUUGAACCCAAUUAUCUAUGCCUUAUUUUAUCCUUGGUUUAGGAAAUGCUUUUACCUCAUUAUUAACCUAAAAAUAUUUAGCCCCAAUUCUUCAUCCAUAAAGGUGCAUACUCUGACACAGUUAUGA